AUGACCUCGGGGUGGACAACCAAUUACCACUUCGGGUGCGUGCCCCCCGACUACUCCACGGACCCUGAGCCCCUUAGGAUGCACAGGUACAUGUGGUGGACGAUAGUCCUAAAGCUGAUGGAGCUCUUCGAGACCGUGUUCUUCCUGCUGAGGAAGAAGGAGCGGCAGGCGUACUUCCUCCACGUAUACCAUCACGUCAGCACGCUCGUGAUUGUAUGGUCGGCGACGAUAUACGUAGAAGCUACCCUGUCCGACCUGUUUAAAAUUGAUUUGGAAGGGCGACUUUCAAAAUUUGAAGCAUUAUAUGUUCAUUACGAUGAAUUACAGACGGAGGUUGAGACAAUGGCUGACAAACCAGAGGAGGCAUUCUCCGCGCGGGAGCAGUUUGAGGAUGAAUACUAUACUCUAGUAGCCCGAGCACGGCAACUCCUGUCGAAUUCCGGUGCAGCUAGUGAGCGUUUUUCUCGAAUGUGGAGGGUGGUG